AUGGCAAACAACCAGACCUCUAACAGUCAGAAGGAUGCCAAUAUGUCCUAUUGGGAUGAGAAAAUGAGACUGAGGUGGAAGGGCCUAAAGAUUCCACCUUUCAUAGGGAAAGGUCCACCAUCCAACAACACAAAACGUGCGGAAUGUAAGUGGCUACCCCCUAAAGCUAGAUGGAUUAAGCUUAACUUUGAUGGGCCAUCUAGGGGCAACUCGGGUGAUGUUGGACUUGGUUAUUGCCUUCACAAUUCAAAAGGAGAAGAAUUGGCUCACAUGGCCAUCCCUAUGGGCAAAAGCACAAACAAUGAAGCAGAGCUGAAUGCAUUAGUUGAGGGUAUAAAUCUAUGCAAAAUACUGAAUGUAAAGACGAUUAACAUUGAAGGGGACUCAUCAAUAAUCAUCAAUGCCCUUAGAAAAGGGGUGAUGCCUGAUUGGAAGCUAAAUGCUUCCCUAACUGAGAUACUGACGGACAUCAGAACAUUUGACAGGGUCAUCUAUAACCACAUCUACAUAGAGGGUAACAAAAGGGAUGACUACCUAGCUAACAUGGGGGCAGAUGGUAAAACAGUGAUCCAUGUGGCCCCUGGCAUCUAUCCUUAA